CAGAGGAGCGGCCGGGGACGCGUCUGGUCAGCAGCGGGCUGCUGGGGUCUGGUGGGCAGCGCAGACUCAAGGCCAGGCGGAUGGCCUCUCGGUGGCAGGGCGUGGGGGCCUCGAGGCGCCGCAGAUCUCUGCAGGACCAGGAGCAGCUCCAGGAGAACGUGGUGCCGCAGCCUGCUGUGGGCCAUCUAGAGAGCUCCACCAGCGCCCUGGGCUCCCUGUGCAGACACUUCCAAAGGAGGCUGCCCCUGAGAGCGGUCAACCUCAACCUCGGGGCGGGCCCCUCCUGGAAACGCCUGGAAAACCCAGAACCAGGGCAGCAGGGCCUCCAGGCUGCAGCACGCUCGGCCAAGAAUGCCUUGGGUGCUAUGUCCCAGAGAAUCCAAGAGUCCUGCCAAAAUGGCACCAAGUGGCUGGUGGAAACCCAGGUGAAAGCCAGGAGAAGGAAGAGAGGGGCACAAAAGGGUGGUAGCCCUCCACCUCGCAGCCUGAGCCAGAAGAACACCCGGCUGUCUGGAGCCACCCCUGCCUACUCAGCUCUGGACUCCUGGAAGAAGGAGCAGCACAGCCUCUCUGCCCAAAGGAGCCCACAGACCCACCCACUACGGCGGUCCAGAAGGGAGGCUGCCUUCCGAAGCCCGUACUCCUCAACAGAGCCCCUCUGCUCCCCCAGUGAGUCCGACAGUGACUUGGAGCCUGUAGGGAUGGGAAUUCAGCGUCUCCAGAAGUUGUCCCACAAGUUAGAUGAAGCCAUUGUGGCUGAAGACAGGAAACAAGCCAUAUCUGACCACCACCCCCUCACAACCCAGGAUGUCUGUGCUGCCACAUGGGCUUCCUGGAGGAAGCUCCCAGGACUCAUCAGUACCCCCUGGGCCACUGCUAACAAGGACCUGACUGCUCUGGGGCCUCUGCUUUCUUGCUUCAGCCACAACUGGGCCCAUCAGUGACCACAGCUCGAGAGUGGCUUGGGAAACCAAGUAGAGGGAGGUGUCAUUCUACUCCCCCAGGGGACUUUUGGGGUUAGGAGCUCACCCUACACUGGAGCCUUGUGAUUGGCUUGUCUUCUGCGUGAAGUGAACGCACUGGGAGUUUUGAGUUUUGUGAGAGCUCUGAGUUGCAUACCCAGAGUGGGGUCUGCAGAAAGCCAUCCAUAUCCUCGGACAUCCCCGUGUGUCCAGGGCUGAGGCUGUUGGCAACCCCAUUCCCAUCCCAGCUUCCCCCACCAGAGCCCCAGAAGAGGGGUUAGGAGAGGUUUCCAGCUCUCAGACCCUGGCUUACGGUACCUAUUUAUCUACUCAGCAGAGGGCAUUGUGGGUGUGCAGGCAGGGCGCAGCACUGGCCAGGGGCGGUUUCUGCCCUUUGUAAAUUAUUUAAGAAAUCUGCUCGGUCCUCUGAUUAGAAAGAACCCAGGGUGUGACAUUCCUAAAUAACAUUGCUUUUUCAUAAUAAAGACGAUCUUUCUGCACUUGGUAUCUCUUCCCUUUCUCCAUCACCCACCAGGCCGCUUGCUCGGGGCCAUAGGUUUCUGGUUUAGGACCAGCUUUGCUUCCCCUUCCACCUCCAUUCCCAGCCCAUGUACCCCCAGCUUGAAGAAAACACAAGGAAC